AUGACGUCGAACGGAAGCUUCUGGACGACCGCGCGAAUGUUCGUGCCGUCUGCGCUGGAGAGGCCUCGCGAUCGGGACCAACGCGUGUUCGUCGCUUCGCCUGUUGAAUCCGUCGCGCAGCAAAGCGCGGAGCAGAAAGCGAAGGCCCAGGAGUGCGUCGAUGCUGGCGUUCGGGUGGGUUUCUAUAACGCCGCAUGGGCCGCUGCGCUUACGACACCCCCAACAAUUAUAAUCUGCCGAACCAUGCCGUGGGCCAAGAAGAAUCUCAACCACACAGCACAGGCUCUUAUCGUCAGCUCAGCUGCCAUUGCCGCGUAUUUUAUCACAUCGGAGCACACCAUAAUGGAUUGCACACGCCGCAAGUCCAUGGAGGCCAUUCAUGCAAAGAGGAAAGCCAAUGCCGAAGCUGCUGAAGCGCAAUAG